AUGUCUGAAUCAGUAGAAUAGCAUAUCUUCAUGGCUCGUGUUGCCGAGCAAUCAGAAAGAUUUAGAGAUAUGGUUGAUUUCCUCAAGCCAGUCAUCAAGGAGAAGGGAGCUGCACUCUCCACUGAUGAGAGAAACCUCCUCUCUGUAGCCUUCAAGAACCUUGUUUCUCAACAACGUACAGCCAUCAGAACCAUCACUGCCAUCGAGUAAAACUAGAAGUAUGCCAAGUUCGCCAACGGCAUGGCUGACUACAAGAAAAGAAUUGAAGAGGAGCUCUACAGAAACUGUGAUGAGAUUAUCAACUCAAUCAAGAAUGAGGUGUUAGUUAAAGCUUCAGAUGAUGAGUCAAGAGCUUUCUUCUUAAAGAUGAUCGGAGAUUACUGCCGCUACAUCGCUGAAUCAGCCAAGGGAGAGCGCCUCGAGGCUACCAAGACUCAAGCUUUGACCAGCUACUAGGAGGCAAGUGGACUUGCCGAGAAGAGUUUGGGUGCAUGCAACUCAAUCAGAUUAGGAUUAGCUCUUAACUUCUCUGUAUUCCACUAUGAAGUGAUGCAAGAUGUCAAGAAAGCCUGCGAGUUAGGAGACAAGGCACUCUAGGAUGCCCUCGACAAACUCGACGACUGUGACGAGGAAACCUUCAGAGACGCACAAUCCAUCAUCGAACUCCUCAGAGAGAAUUUAGCACUCUGGAAGGAAGAGGAAGACGGUGCAGGAGAUCAAUGA